AUGGAUUUUAAGUACAGCAAACGUAGUCGAAAUAGUGCACUGACUGAAAAAACCGAAAUUGUGUGUUGGCGUAGACGGUUUCUUGAACAAUUGCGUGAAUACCGAAAUGAGGGUCGACAUUUAUAUUAUCUGGACGAGACCUGGGUUAAUGCUGGUGAAUGUACCAGCAAAACAUGGAUCGAUACUACAAUUAAAUCACCCCGAGACGCAUUCCUACAAGGUCUGUCAACUGGUGCCGUAAAUCCUUCAGGAAAAGGUAAACGCCUUAUUGUCCUGAAUAUAGGUUCGGAAGAUAGGUUUGUCCCCGGCGCAUUGUUGUGCUUCGAAUCGAAAAAAAACACUAGAGAUUACCAUGACGAAAUGAAUGGGGAGACAUUUUACGAAUGA